AUGGUGUCGCGGUCAUGGUUGGCGACGGUUCUCGCCGUCGGGCAGCUCUCUUCCAUCUGUAACGCGCAAGUAGAUGUGCCCUCAAUCAACAACUUUCGCAGAAGAGUCUUCGCUCGAGCCUCCGUCAUUGGUCAUUGGGUGUAUUACGAUGGAGGUGAAGUAUCACAGGUCGUCGAUGGAACGAGUCCCCUGUCACAAUGGCGGCCCUCAAACCCAACCAACACCACUCUCUCCAUCGACCUUACCAAAUCGUGGACGGCAGAGGAUGUGGAGGUCAAGGAGACCUCAAAGUCUGCCCCAAAGAUGAUGAGACAGGCAAUUUUCACGGACAACUCUUCAGCCUCGUUCUAUAUCUGGGGAGGCUUCACCUCAUACGGCGCCAAGCUCCCAGCCGCGAAACUCUGGCACUUUACCACCGAUGGUAGCGGUGGCGGCCAAUGGGGCACCGUGCUCCCCCACGGCAACGACGUUUUUACCGCACUCACCCGCUCACAAGGCGGCGCCUUCGUCAGCACAAAAGACUCGGGUUUCUACUUUGGCGGUUUCUCGGAUGGGGGCUCCGAUCCCCACCCAAACGGUCCCGUGCCGGGUUUCUUGCAGUUCAACUACUCGGCGACAGACACGGCGUGGACAAACAAUACCGCCAGUGUCCCGUACUCCGACUACGGCACCUUGGUAGGAGCCACGGCCCACUACGCGCCUUUUGGACCGAAUGGUCUGAUCAUGAUCUUUGGCGGAGGAUCGCAGGUCAUUGGGAACGGCCAGAGCGUGGAUAACGUGGGCUAUCUCAGCUUCAGCAAAAUCUUUUUCAUGGACCCCGUUACCAAGGAGUGGUACAGCCAACAGACCAGCGGGAACGCUCCCGGUCCGCGCAUGUGGCACUGCACCGUUGGAGUUCAGGGUCCCAACAACACAUAUGAGAUCUUCAUGCACGGUGGCAGCAACAUCGCCAACAAGGAAACAUUUGACGAGGUCUACAUCCUCUCGCUUCCCGGUUUCGUAUGGCAAAAGGCAAACUACACGUCACGCGCCCCCCGAGACACUCACUCAUGCGUUGUCGCCGGUCAACGUCAGAUGAUCACCUUUGGAGGCGUCAACAGGAUGGCAGCCAACGGGAACUCGACAAUCUUCUUCAACGAAGAGGACCCCUUCCGCCAGGGCGUGGGCGUGUUCGAUCUCACGGCGUUAGCAUGGAAAGAUCAGUAUGAACCCACUGCCGCCACAUACGAUUCUCCGGAUGCCGUCAAGGCGUGGUACAAUGAGGGUAAUCUCGCCAACGUCCAAUACUCCUCAGGCGUCGAGGCGCUCAUCAACUACGGCAAAUCCGGAUCGGGCUCGAGCCCAGGUUCAGGCUCCGGCUCCAAAUCUUCCAACACGGGUGCAAUCGCCGGCGGCGUCGUAGGAGGGGUAGCGGGAGUCGCCCUCAUCGUCCUGGCCGCGUUUUUCCUCAUGAGGCGGCGGAAGCACAGGAAGGUUCCAACUGAGGAAUUCGGCGGCGGACACAACGUGGUCGAAGCGCCAGGAACGGACUACUACAAUAACGGCGGCAUGCAGCAAACGGCCUACUCACCGGGUCCCGCCCCGUCGACGACAGCGCCGCCGUCCGAGCUCCAGGGGGAGCACAGGGACCACUCGCCGUUCUCGGCCGGCGAUAUGCCACUCAAGAUGAUGCAGCCACCCGAGAUGGACGCGCGGGAGCCGCGGCACUUUUACGCGGCGGAGCUGGACGGGACAGAAGCGCGGAAGUGA